CUCUGCGGCCGGGGCGGGGCCGUCCUGCCGCGUCGGGCUCCCAGGAACCGGGGUGACCCUGUGGUGCCCGCGUCGGAGGCGGGUCGGGGCGUCGGCCUGGCCCCGGGCUGCUUAGGGUUAGGGACCGCACGCCCCUCAGGCCCACGCCCGCCCGGGUCCUCCUUGGUGUCUGUUAGAUGGGCUUUUGGAUAAGAAAAUCUUUUUCUCUGUAAUCCUUGGUGAGCUCGAACCUGCUUGUUUUUCCUCAGCAGUUGUGGAAGCCCGUGGUAAUUAAUGAACUGAUUCGACAAAGGGACACUUUCUGUGUGCCAGAAAUUGAGAGGAGUUGUGAGCCCAGUGGGCACGCAGACUGGAGGACCAGCAAGUCCAGGCCCAGAAGAGUGUGGUGCUGCCCUCUCUGACCAUGAAGCUCCAGGUGUCCAUGUGGCUGUUGGCCUGGGUUGGUGUCCUGAGCUGUGUGCAGGCUGAAUUCUUCACUUCUGUUGGGCACAUGACUGACCUGAUCUACGCAGAGAAGGGCCUGGUACAGUCUCUGAAGGAGUACAUCCUUGUGGAGGAAGCCAAGCUCUCCAAAAUUAAGAGCUGGGCCAGCAAAUUGGAAGCCCUGACCAGCAAGUCGGCUGCGGACCCUGAGGGCUACGUAGCCCAUCCCGUGAACGCCUAUAAGUUGGUGAAGCGGCUGAAUACAGACUGGCCUGCACUGGAGGACCUUGUCCUGCAGGAUGCGGCUGCUGGUUUCCUUGCCAACCUCUCUGUGCAGCGGCAGUUCUUCCCCACUGAUGAGGAUGAGGUGGGGGCUGCCAAGGCCCUGAUGAGACUUCAGGACACAUACAAACUCGACCCAGGCAUGAUUUCCAGAGGGGAAAUUCCAGGAACCAAGUACCAGGCGAGGCUGAGUGUGGACGACUGCUUUGGGAUGGGCCGCUCGGCCUACAGCGACGGAGACUAUUACCACACGGUGCUGUGGAUGGAGCAGGUGCUGAAGCAGCUCGAUGCCGGGGAGGAGGCCUCCGUAGCCAAGUCUGAGGUGCUCGACUACCUGAGCUACGCCGUCUUCCAGCUGGGUGACCUGCACCGCGCCCUGGAGCUCACCCGCCGCCUGCUGUCCCUUGACCCGAGCCAUGAGCGAGCUGGAGGGAACCUGCGGUACUUUGAGCGGUUGCUGGAGGAAGAAAGAGGAAAACCAUUGUCAAAUCAGACGGACGCUGUGCUUGCAGCCCAGGAAGGCGUCUAUGAUAGGCCGGGGGAUUACCUGCCAGAGAGGGAGGUGUACGAGAGCCUGUGUCGCGGGGAGGGCAUUAAGCUGACACCCCAGAGGCGGAAGAGGCUUUUCUGUAGGUACCACCAUGGCAACAGGGCUCCAGAGCUGCUCAUCGCACCCUUCAAAGAGGAGGAUGAGUGGGACAGCCCGCACAUCGUCAGGUACUACGACGUCAUGUCGGAUGAGGAGAUCGAGAGAAUCAAGGAGCUCGCCAAGCCCAAGAAUAGCUCUGACUGUGCCCGAGAGCAGCAUGCAGCUGCCCGGAGCCUCUUCUGUGGGCGCCGGGCCAGUGCCAGGCUCAGCUAUGUAGACAGGGACCCCGUUGUGGCCCGAGUGAAUCGGCGCAUGCAGCACAUCACAGGGUUAACAGUACAGACUGCAGAAUUACUGCAGGUCGCAAAUUACGGAAUGGGAGGACAGUACGAGCCGCACUUCGACUUCUCCAGGCGACCUUUUGACAGCGGCCUCAAAACGGAAGGGAAUAGGUUAGCGACGUUUCUUAACUACAUGAGUGACGUAGAAGCUGGUGGAGCUACUGUCUUCCCUGAUCUGGGAGCUGCGCUUUGGCCCAAGAAGGGCACGGCCGUAUUUUGGUACAACCUUUUGCGGAGUGGAGAAGGUGAUUACCGAACAAGGCAUGCGGCUUGCCCCGUGCUCGUGGGCUGCAAGUGGGUCUCCAAUAAGUGGUUCCACGAGCGAGGACAGGAGUUCUUGAGACCUUGCGGAUCAACGGAAGUUGACUGAUGUCCUUCGCGGCCCUUCCCCUUCCUGGCCCCUACCUCAGGUCAUCAUCAGGCUCAGCACGACAGACACCUUGCUGUGUGCCAGCUCCUGUCAGGCAGGGUUUUGGAGGAGUCAGUGUUUGUCUGGAGUGGGAGAGAGGAUGCUGGGCUGGUCCAGUGUGUCCCGGGUCCUAGCCUCUUCGUCAGCUUGUGUCACCCCUGGCUCCAGGAUAGCGUCGGAGUGGCUGCAGCAGAGCCAGGCUGUCCUGCACCCCGGAAGGUGCUCUGUACCUCAGACGUUGUAGGUGAGCGAUGUUUCAGUGAACCAAAGUUCUCAGACCUGUUUACAUGUUUGUUUCUAUGGCAUUUCUGUAAGUUGUGGCUUAACUAGAAAAUAAAAUGUCCUUGCCAGAAGCCUUAAAGAACCUUAUUUGGAGUAUUUUUUUUUUAAAGAC